CAGCGUCUGCGUCAACCUGCCACAGCGGAAGUGAAAUCUUCCGAAGAAAUAGUGGCUAGAUAAAUAAGCAUGGUCGGUGUUUUAGUAUUGCACUUUGUAAAUAUUUCCAACUAACAAAAAUGAAUGUGUUUAUGUGCGUCGUGGUGUUUCUCGUAAGUGCCAUAGCUGCAAACAAAAGCGGAGACGAUGACUGGGUGCAUCUGCCAAAUAAAUGUGAAGUGUGCAAAUUUCUUAGUAUUGAGAUGAAGUCUGCAUUUGAAGAGACUGGCAAAACAAAAGAAGUCAUUGAAACCAACUACCGCUUCAUGGAUGAUAAAGGUGCACCGCCAAUCAAAUACGUCAAAUCUGAUAUUCGUUUCAUAGAGGUGAUGGAGAACGUUUGCUCUAGGAUUAUGCAGUACAAUCUACACAAAGAUCGAACUGGAAGUAAUCGCUUUGCAAAGGGUAUGUCUGAGACAUUCUCUACCUUACAUAACCUGGUUAAUAAAGGCGUGAAGGUGGUCAUGGACAUUCCUUAUGAGCUGUGGAACGAGACCAGUGCAGAAGUGGCUGAUCUCAAAAAACAGUGUGAUGUGAUGGUAGAGCAGUAUGAAGAAGUCAUUGAAGACUGGUAUAAAGGCAGCCAGGAGGAAGAUCUCACCACUUACUUGUGUGAAAAACAUGUGCUGAAAGGACAAGACACUGAAUGUCUUCAAGAGAAAUGGACUGGGAAAAAAGGAGACACGGCAGCUAUCGCAGAGGACAAGAAGAAAAAGAAGGGCAAAAAGAAAAAGGGUAAAGACAGCGAGGAUGAGCAGAAAAAGGAGAAAAAGGUAAAGAAGAAGAAGAAGAAAAAGUCCAAGCUGACUGACACGGAGACCAGAAAAAGGAAAACUGAAGAAGCUGGAAACACCUCAGAUGAAGAGGAGAUCCAGAAGAAAGUUUCUCUGAAUCAGGAUAAAACUGAACUCUGAUACAUUUCUUUGCUUUUUUUUCUCUGCUUUUUUCCUUGAUAUCUAAAUUUACUACUGACACCGAAAUGAAGAUUGAGUUUUAGUCUGUUAGAAAACGGUCCUCAUUUUAGAUCAGAUUUUACACGUCACUUGAAUUUUAGAUCAAGUCCAUCCAGGAACAAGCUAAAAACAAAUGCCAUUUUAAAUCCAAAAAGGGCAGCUUGACCAGUCAAAUCAGAGCUUGGAUUCAAUGUUUGCUUGUUUGUUCUCAUGCUGGUUUCACGCCGGAAAAAUUGUAAACCAGCUGAAAUCUUCCCGAAGCUGGCAUGCUGUUGGAAUGGAUUCUGGAAAUCCUUCUCAUGGUUCUCAUUUCUAUUCCUCUGACUCAUCUCGCUGAUUUUUUGCCCCUAAAAUUUAGUUUAGGUUUCAGGUUAAAAUUUUAGUUUAGUACUGUUACUUUUAAUUGGCAUUCAUUUCAUAGUAUUGAUGAUCACUCAUGGAUUUCAAUAAAGAAAUACAUACUUUGAGCUAUUCUCAGUAUUAAUAUAAUUAUGCGGUACAAAUUAGAUUUUUACCUGUUUCUGUAUAGGAUAAUAUUUUGCUAAAAUUUUAUGUGAUCCAACAAAUGCAUGUUGUGUUUUGUGUUUCAACGUAUGCCUAAAAUGUGAAUUUUUUUUUUUUCGAAUCGUUUUUUUUUUAAGUUCGAAUAUUCUGAACUUGGCAUCCUGUAAAGUCUCUAAAUUUCCCACGUCUCACAGUUCAGUGAGGCAGAUAAUGGGAUAAAACCCUGAGAAAGUAGUUUGCCAUUCCAAGAAGUUGGGACCUUUUCAUUUCUUCUGGUAUACUAAUACGAGUGUAACAUUUCUGCUUGAUCUGUUCAUAUUUGUUUUUGCAUUUUCAGUGUUUAUGUAUGUGAUGUCAUUUACAGGGAAUGUUUGAGUUACACUUUUUUUUUUUGUUCUUCAAUAUUUUCUUCAACAUUGUUUACUUAAGCUGUUUAUCUGAUAUCAGGCCUCACUAUUUGCAAAAGCUGUGUGUGUGUAUGAGCUCUUGCAGGUGUAUGUGUUCAUAUUAGUAUUGUUUGGAGUGCAGUGUGGAGUGUGUGAAAGUUAUUGGCCUGAGAUUGAGCUGUAUAUGCAAAUGUUGUAAUGGGAUGAACUUGCAGGUUUUGUGUUUCUUGGCAGCAGCUCAUUAGCUGUGGCUUUUGAUAAGUGUUUGGUGAGGUGUAGAUGAAUGAUGAAUAAAAAAAGAAAACUGACAACAA